AUGGAAGAGGGCGAUGACUAUGGCACGGGGGGCCUGAUGGAUGAUCCCGAAGACUACUACCCCUCUACCCCUCCACCAACGCAGCAAAUUUUCACCAUGGGAAGCGGCAAGGAGGUUGUUUUGCACUUGGUUGGCUCCAGCCCUACGGAGGCACAUCAUUUAUGGAACGGCGCAAAGAUCAUAUCGGAUUACUUUGAGGAGGACCCUGCACGGGUACGAGGCAAGACUGUCUUGGAGCUCGGAGCUGCAUCGGGGCUUCCUUCACUUGUGGCUGGCAUUCUUGGAGCAAAGAAGGUUGUCAUGACUGAUUUCCCUGAUCCGGAUCUCGUCAUGAACAUGCAGAAGAACAUUGAUGAGUGUGAUGAAACCACAGAGCCAAAGGGCCACAUUGCAAAAGCGAUUGAUGCGGCUGGGUUUGUCUGGGGUGGAGAUCCGGUGCCUCUCAUUGCCCGUCUUUCAUCCGAUGAAGAUAGCUCAAGUGCAGCGGCAGCGGAAAAGCGCUUCGAUGUGUUGAUUCUCGCAGAUCUACUCUUCCGACACUCAGAACAUGGCGCCUUGGUCAAGACAAUCAGGGAGACGAUGAAGGUUUCGCGAGAUAGCGCGGCCUACGUAUUCUUCACCUCGUACAGGCCGUGGAAGAAGGACUUGGACAUGGGCUUUUUCGAUGUGGCGCGCGAGGCAGGGUUCGAGGUGGAGCAAGUUUUGGAGAAGAAGCUGGAGAAGCCGCUUUUUGAAAACGACCCGGGCGAUUUGGAUGUGCAGAAGACGGUUAAGGGAUUUAUCCAACUCCAAGCCACAACCACAUACAUCAUGCCUGCGCAAACUACAUCUUCCCACCUAGCCAAUCUCCAGCGCGACGGCUUCGUCGUCAUCAAAUCCAUCGUCUCCCCCUCGAAACUCGAGGCCCUCCGCACCGCCAGCCUUAAAGCAGAGCAGCUCGCCCGCAGCGGCCAAUGGCCUCACGUGCGGACCGUAGGCAAACAGUUCCCGCCGUGGAACCACGAGGAGGCGAUGGAAAAGGGCAUCUGGGGCGUGCAGCACCUGAUGAAGCCUUCGAUGCCCGGCCACGAGACAUUUACAGCGCUGUACUUUUCGGAGGAGAUUCUGAGCAUUGUGAGGGAGUUGCUGCAGUGUGAGGAUGAGGAGUUGGUGAUGGAGCUGUUCAACAUGCUGGUGAGGCCGGAUAAGGACUUUGAGUUGAGGUGGCAUCGGGACGACAUUUCGGCGGAGGCGUCGGCUGAGGAGGAGAUGGAGAGGCUUGGUAGGCCGGCGUUUCACGCGCAGUAUAAUUUUGCACUGUGGGAGGAUGAGUCGCUUGUUUUGGUGCCGGGGUCGCAUCGGAGGGCGAGGACGGAUGUUGAGCGGAAUGCUGGGCCGUUUGAAAAGGAGCUUCCGGAGCAGAUUGUCGUGAAGCUUGAGGCGGGCGAUAUCGCGUUUUACAAUAACAAUAUUUUGCAUCGGGGAGUGUAUGAUUCGAAGAAGGAGAGGGUGACGCUGCAUGGGUCGGUGGGACAUGUUGGGGGGAGCAAGUUACGGGCGAGGAACGUGUUGCAGCAUGGGGUUGGGGGAUGGGUUGACGGUGUUGAUUUCUCGGGGCUGGAGGAGGAGGGGGAGAGGAGGAGGGCGGAGGGGAUGAGGGAGAGGUUGGUGAAGCUGGGGAGUGAGAGUGGUGAUGUUGGAUAUUCGCUUCAGGGGUGAAGGGGGAGGUUAUUCAGGGGCGAGUUGGGGAAAUGAUGGAUGACCUAAAUAUCACAUUUAUGUUCACUAGACAUAGCAGAUGUGCUAUUUGCGGUGGAAACAUAUGCAUGCCGUAAUGAUUCGUAUUAAUACACCGGUACUACCUAAGAGAUC